AGCACUGGAGGGCAAUCUGGUAGCUCAAGGUCACGCUCGGCAUGUUCUCAUUUUUCCUGUCAAGUUAGGGAGCUGUUUCUUUUUCCAUUCUUUAGUAUUCUAAAUAAUAAAUAAAACACUUGUUCUCAAAGCUUUCAAGCCAUACUUUAUUCUUGGAACCACUUACUGUACCUUCAGAUCACAUUCAAUAUAUUUUCGGAACAGAUGUCAUCGUUACAGUAUCUGGCAUUAGCUUACAUAUUAAAUCCCUGGUCAAGCGCUUAUUGACUACUUUGACGAUCCUGAAUUUAGAUGGAUUUAACAUUUCCAAGUCAUACAUUCUAUGGUGUUGAGUUCCCGGCAGUGGUAAAUAAUGUAGAGACUGCUAUUGAAAUGCUUGGUGGACUCAGUCAAAUAUCUGAGGUAUUCGCUGACGAAAAACGUCGUUUAAAUCUCUCUUUUCGUCCGCAUAUGGUGUAUUCAAAACCUGCUUGUGGAGAUGGUCGUUCGUCCAACUCAUUUAUCAUACGUAUUCAACGUCUUAGGAACAAGGUAACAGGCGAGCUCAAAUUAGUUCCUGUUAUUCUGGGACGCGUAACUCGGGUUUAUAAAUUCGAUGCGAUGGCUGAUUUUCAGUUCGGUCCAUUUGAGCGUGUUCCGACUACAGAUACAAGUGAAGCAUCCAAAGUCAUUCCACCUAAUUACAAAAUAUUCUACAAUGAUCUCAUAAUCAAGGAUCCAACAACAAUGAUUGAUUCUUAUUUAUCUCGUGAUAUGCCAUUGUAUCUCCCACCGGUCCUAUUUAGUCGCCAAGAUACUCCAAGUUUUUAUAAUUUUGCCCCUCGUUAUCGCACGACUGAGUACAUUCAACUUGAAGAAAAGAGUCAUAAAAUGCCAGUUUCAAGAAAGGCCCGACCGACGUUUGGAUAUCUAGUGAACUUGGAUGAUGUAACUCCUACUUCUCCUAGGCCUGGAGCGAUACAACGUGUAAUAAAUCUUGGGCUAUCUGCUAUUCAAGUAAAGGAUGAAAUUCAAAAACUCUUCGAUGAGCGACCUAUUUGGUUGCGUCCAGCAUUGGCUUACCACAUGCCUGGAGAUACUCGAUUGGUCUAUUUUACUCAGAUACUUCCUUCUGUAGCUUACUAUAUGAUUCGUGGACCAUGGAGUCGAGCUUGGAUCCGGUAUGGUUAUGAUCCUCGCAAAGAUCCCGAAGCUCGCCGUUAUCAAGUAAUUGAUUUUCGAGUACAAGCUUAUAUGGUUGUACGUAAAUUAUUAUGUCAUUCUUCAUCGAGGAAACGUAUGCUAUGCACGGAUGCCAAUAAACGAGUCUUAGCGGAUUGUCGUAAAUCUUAUGAAUCAGUACAUUCCAGGGAGGAUAGUUUCUGGGACGAACUUUUGAAUAGCUCGAAGAAAUCUCAAGAAGAUAAUAUCGACUACGAUGGAAAUGAUGAAUUAGAUCCGACUAUUAUUGAUGAUGCUGAGGAUGACGAUGGUGAUGACAGAAUACAAAAAAAUUUAGGCAAGGUUGCAGAUUAUCGUUUUGGACCUAAUAACUGGCCAACUACACAUCAAGUCCGUUAUUGUCUCUCAGAUAUAGAAAUUCCUGAGGUACAAGCGAUGUUAGAAGAAGUACCUGAGCGAACUGAAAUUGACCCAGUAGAUGGCUGGCUCCGACCUGGAGGUAUCAAAAGAAUACGUGAUCUUUUAGGGCAAUAUUUGAAAAAGUGGAUAUCUGAAUCAGACCCAACACAUGCAGAUAGUGGUGCUGAGUAAUAAUACUCCAUGUUGCAUUAUCUCUUGCUUUAAUGUAUCAUAAUUUUGCAUUUUGUCCAGAAUUUUUUUGUUUUAUUCAAAAAGUAAUAAUCUUUUCUUUCAUACCGUUAUAACAGUUUUCACUUAACAUUAUGUGCUUGUUUCUAUUUUUCUUCUUUGCAUAGAGUUUUCUUCUUAUCAUCCGUAUACUUUGUUAUACAUUCUAGUUAGGAUAUAUUUUGUCUCUCAGUUCAAUGUCUUUAUUUAGUGGUGUAAUUUCUGAUGGAAAUUUACUUUAUUCGUAUUGCCUUUACAGUUUUUCUCACUGUUCAUUAUUUUUUUAACUGCAAAGGUUCUUGUGUAAUUUCCACUGUAAAAGAUUAUAGUUAAAUGUGUUUUGUUUAAAUAGUUUUCUUACAUACUUUGUUUGUUUGUAUUGUAUGGUGAUAUUAAUUAACUAACAUAUUAUAUUGUGUUUAGCGCAAUCUUGUCAGCCAAAAGCAAGAAACGUCGGAUUAUAUUGAUAAGCAGUAUGGGCUGUACAUAUAUGGCUGUCAUGACUCAACGGGGUAGUGAACACUAAAUAUUCAUUAAAAUGCAGGUGUAUCCAGCUGAAAAAACAAGUCAUCAAAACUUGUGGACAAAUGUUGAAUAAUUUAUUUAUGUGAACUUUAGAUCACAGUUUAAACACGCAACUGACUGUUAUCACCGGUUCGGUACUUCAAUCUAGACUUCGAGUUAUCCUUUGACCUUAAAGGAUGUCGUAUACAAUGAAAUGCCACACUGUCGAGAUGAGUAUUUGUUCCUUUCUCUGAUGUAGGACAAACAAGAGUCGAAAUAUAUUCUCUUCUAAGCUGAUGUUUUAUUUCGUCAUCAUUGCAACCUUAUAAUAAAGUAAUCUUCAGGUUAGAAUGUUGUUAAUUCGUCGUAAACCAUGUUUAAGAUAGCCUUUUUAGCUAUCUUACAUAUCCUCGAUGUAAGGCAGGCCACGAUAUCAAACGAGACAAUUGCCUUAUCCUCCCUUAGUUUGACUUUUAUUUGUCUAAUAACAGAGUUUAUCGAGUUGGUAAUAAAAUGCUUGCUAUAAUUACUUUGAUAAACUGUAUUAACCUAGGGAGUAUGCAUGAUUUGGUACUCAGUCGGACCGUGGUAUUAGCUUUCUACUACAUUUAUCUAUCGGUUGUAAAAUUACGUAAUAUAUGUAAACGAUUGUUAUUACCUCAUAAAAAUGUGAUCGAACUUAGAACAUAGUCAACAAAGUUUUUCAACUGACCGUAAUUUUGAGAAAGAAAGGAAGGAGUAAGUAAUUGUUUGUUGGUUAUCUUUCGUUUAUUUGAACACAUAAAUAUUGGUACAAAGGGUCACCAAACACACAUACGCACCACACAAUAACAAUGAGAAUUUUGAAGAGAGAGAUAAUGUAAGAUGCGUAUAAGAAAAAGGGGGAUAAUAACGAACAGAAAUUAGUGUAUAAUAGUGAAAUAAUAAUAAUAAUGAGACAGUUAAGUUAGCAAAGGUACAGCCAGAAAGAAUUCUUCCAGUUAAAGAAGUUGCGUCCAUUUUUUAUAAAGAAAGUUACAACAGGAUCACCACUGGCUUCUAUUCUGAGUCAUGUCUGAUGACGUCUCUAGCCACUGUGUUGCACCAUCUCUAGGACCCCAACCGGAAAGUCGUGAAGGACUGGCAGAUGCCAGUCCUGUGUGGCUUUGUUUCAUCCCACGACACUAUGUAAUACACUGACCACCUCUCCGCUUUUUCCAACCAGUCCCAGCAUUGGCAAAUAAUGCACGUCGUGGAAUUCUCUGGAAUGAUAUUCGUAGAACAUCCAAGCCACCGAAGUCGAUAUUUCGAGAUAGUGACACCAAUUGAAUUAUCGUCUCUGUGCCCGAACACACGAUGCCGAACCUCUGCAUUACUGACAUAGUGUUGCCACUGGAUGUCAACAAUCCUUCGGAGAUAACAAUGAUCGAACACAGAGAGUCGUCUAACGUCCUCAACUCGGAGAGGCCAGGUUUCACAAACAUAGAGCAAAACUGCUCUCACCGACGCGUUGUAGACCCGACCUUUUACAGCCAGACUAACAUCACGAAGGCGCCAAAGAUGGCCCAGAUUGGCAUAAGCCGCUCUGGCUUUCAUUAUACGUGGAUCGAUCUCAUCACUCACGCCAUCACCAGCACUUAUGCAGCUACCUAGAUACACGAACUUCUCGACUACUUCUAUCUGCUCACCACCCAGGGUGAGUACAGGAUUAGAAUCCUGCCAGUCUUGUAGAAGUACUUUGCACUUCGAAGGUGCAAAGCACAUACCGUACCUAUGGACAUUGAUUGCCAACUCAUAAAGUGAGGAUUACAUGGCUUGGGCAUUAUCGCACAGUAAGAAAAUAUCAUCCGCAUACUCAAGAUCGAGAAGUUUUUCUCCAGGCAACAUAUCCACACCGCCAUUACUUACAUCCAUCAGAGCUGUUUCCAGAAUGUCAUCGAUGGCAAAGUUGAAGAGAAAUAAUGAGAUUGGGCAACCCUGUCUAACCCCACUUCGUAAAUGGAACAAUGGAGAAAGGUGGUUGUAUGCCCUCACUCUGCCUGAGGUGUUUGUAUAUAGGGCUUUUAGGGUGUUAAUAAACUUCUCAGGCACACCCUUCUUCAAUAGACAAUCCCAGAGAACAGUCCUAUCCAACGAAUCGAAGGCAGCCCUGAUGUCAAGAAACACUAUGAUUGUUGGCCUUUGAUAAGUAUGGCGGUGUUCUAACAUUUGGCGGUGGGUGAAGAUAUGGUCAAUACAUCCUCGAUCGGAACGAAACCCACUACCUUACACCAAUCUCUUCGUUAUUGUUCUCUUUUUUUACGCUCCUUACCUUUUUUUCUCUUCGAAUUCUCAUUGUUUUGUGUGGCGCAUAUAUAUUGGCGCUCUCUUGUACUAAUAUUUAUGUUCAAAUAAAUAAAUAAAUAGUAACAAACUAAUCCUAUUUAAGCAGUGACAAUCGAGUUUUGCUUUAAAGGCUGUAACUAAUCAGCACCCAAAUGCCCUGGUACGUCCAAGGGUGGGGAGAGUCAGCUCUUCCUCUCGAAAUGGUCUCUUUAAAGACCUAUUCAUCUUCUGGAGCACGCAGAUGACAUAUACCUCUUUAGUGAUAACGGUGAUGAAAUACAGAGUUAUCUUGACGUUUUCCUUAAUAGUUGCUUUCCGUUUAAAUGCAAAAUAUUUACUCCAGAGUGGUCUGAAUCAACUCCUAGACCGGUCGUUGGAGGUGAAGUAGUUGAACUCACUGAGCACUUUACUUAUCAUUGAAAUCUCGUUGACACUGGUGGGUUGGUAAGGAGGACGGAUUCAGAAAGCGCACUUGAAUUUUUGGGUUACUUGUAGUAUAGAUAUGAUUUCCAUCUACCAAGGAAGUAUCGAGUAUCCUGUGCACCAAUUCACUUCUUUACUCUUUCCUGGACGUUCUUGUUCACAGGUGUUUUCGAGAUGUUACUCGUGUGUCGUGAAACAAAUGAAUAAACAAUGCUAAGAUUAAAUGUAGGAUACUGAAAAAGGUGUUACCUACAAAUCUUCAUUAAAGAAGGUGUCUGUGACAUGUUUUACACAUGAGUAACUACCCGUUAUCUCAAUGUUUAAUGUUGAUUCGAUAAGUAGUAAGUUUUAAAGAAGUCAAUUGAGACCGAACCUGGAUGUGGCACUAAUCCAUGUAAUCGUUAACUGUCAGUCUGAUAUAUAUUAGGAGUGUCAGACUACGUGGUUGGAGUGUGUAUAGACAUCAUGAUUAGUUUUUGAAUGACAUCGAUCAGGACUGGAUGCUUGUCCGGAUGCACUCAUUUUUUACCUCCUAUGUCUUGACAUUCAGUGUUCUUCCAUAAAUACACUCUUCUUGUCUUUUCUCUUUGAACUAUAUUCACAAUGUCUAGUUUUUUUUCAUUAACUUGGAUUUUGACUAAUUAUUGUGCUGAUUUGUUUUCUUUUGUUCCUAAUGUGUAUUCAGUACCGAUUUCAAGUAUAAACUGACCAAUUAAGAAAAAAUAGUUAAUCUGUUUUAACUUGAAUAAUCAUCUGUACUACUCUGGUGUGUGCUACUGAUGUCGACACGUAUAAGUGUCAUGUAUUAUCAAUCGAAAGUGAAAUGACUGGAGGCAGAAAUUUAAGAAGAUUGAAGAAAAGAGAACGAGAACAAAGAAUGAUAGAACAGUGAAGUCUGAAACGAAUGAUUGACAUUUUACAAAUUAAGUAUUUACUGUAUGGUUCUCAGAUUUUUCUAAGACGUUCUGUAAUUUUGUGUUGAAAUACAGUUGAUUGCCCCCACUUGUGUUCUCGUUCACGACACUACGAUAACUAGAUGAUAUAAGCUUGAAUUGUAAGUAAUUGUUUCACUCUGUACUAGUAAGUUAAUUUUCCUACUUUUGUAUUUUUAGACAAAUAUGUUUAUGACCUCCCUUAACUCUGAUUCUGUUUUCUCCUUAGCACGUUACCUUCUAUAAUGGACUCGGCAAGUAAAGAAAAAAUAUCAUUCAACUCUAAAAUCCAUUGCGUCUAUACAUCAGUUGGUAUUAAUCAUUUCUCUGGAUGCAGUUCUAUCAUUGCUGUCAGGUCAUCAAAUAAGUCAACAGUUGAAACUAUAUUGGCAUUCGGUUCUAGUCAUUUUAUAUGCUUAGCUAAAUCCUACUCUUAUCUAAAUGAUGAAAUGAUUAAUUUGAAUACAAAUUUUUCUCAAGACAAUUUUCGUGUUUAUCAAACGUUACCUGGUCACAAUUCUGAUGUCAGAUGUGCACGGUGGUUGGACUGUUGUUUUCAUAACAAUGGUUCAUCACAAGUUUAUCAACACACUAUGUGUUUUCUAAUGUCGUCUGAUAGUUGUGGUCUAGUGAUAAUUUGGGCCUGUCCAACUGAAAGUUUAAUCUGUCCUGAUGAAACAGAAAACUGGCACAUAAUUAAUAAAUUCCAGACUCCGAAUAACUCCAUAAUAAAUUCAAUUGAUGGUUACUUUUUCCCUUCAUCGGAAAAUGAUCACUCGUGCUCAGGGACGUUAUUUCUUUCAGCUGCAGCGGAUACAUCAGUUCAUAACUGGUCUGUUCAUAUUUCACAGAAUCUGCUUACAAAUAAAUCAAUUUUAUUACCAUGUAUUUUAAUCAGUAAUAUCACACGAGUUCCAUCACUUUGUCUGUGUCUCAGACGUUUUUGUAUAAAAUAUAAUUUCCAAACGUCCAGUGACAAUAUUGACGUAUCUUGGCUUCAUUUUAUUGUUCUUGGUCUUGACAACGGACAGACAGAAAUAUGGUCAGGUCAUCUGGUCAAUGGUCAGAAUGAAAAUGUUAAAAGUCUUAACUUCACAUUAAGCACUACCAUUUCUGGGCAUCAAGAUUGGACUAGAUGUAUAGAUGUAUGUAUUGACCAUGGGCUGACAUCUCCUGUUGUACUGAUCGUUACAGGUGGUCAAGACAAUAUUGUUCGAAUAUGGCGUUUAUAUUCUCCAGAAAAUGAUAACAGUGUAACAAGUCCUGGGCAUGCGAAGGCCAGUAGUCUUCAUCUUCCUGAAUGGUUUGCCACUAACAACAUUUGUAUGUGCGUAGCGCCAGAAAGUGUCUUAGCCAGCCAUGAAAAUUGGGUCACUGGUGUUCGCUGGGGACCAAUAAACGGUUUAUUCCCCCCUAAUUUGCUUACUUGCAGUAUGGAUAAAUCAUUAAUUAUUUGGCAGCCUCCUAGUGAAAAUGUUUUAGAUUCAUCGGAUAUGUGCAGUUUAUGGAAAGAAAAAGCCCGGUUAGGACAUUUUGGCGACACUGGAUUGAGUCUAAUGGACUGUCAUUGGUUCCCCAACGACGGUCACAAAGUAUUUGUACACGCCUUUCAAGGAAGUAUUUCAGUCUGGUGCCGAUCUGAUAAAGACUUUUGGCUUCCAGCAUUACCGUUAACAGGACAUGUCGGACCUGUUGCUGAUUUAAGUUGGAUGUCAACAUUCCCUGAGGAAAAUUUUAAAGAUGAUGACUCAUACACUUAUCUUCUAACUGCAGGAUUUGAUCAGACAGUCCGUUUACAUGCAUGCCAACCAAAUACCAGUAAUGAAGAAAAAGAAUUAAUUCAAGAAUUUUGGUUCGAAUUAGCUAGACCACAAAUUCAUGGUUAUGAUAUGAAUGCAAUUGCUAGUAUUUCACCAAUAUUUUAUGUAUCAGCUGGUGAUGAAAAAGUUGUUCGUGUAUUUACCACUACUAAAGAUUUCUUAAACUCUUUUAAAAAACUAUACAAAUCACCAUCAAUUUGCUCAAAACUAGAUAGAAUUCUUGCUGAUAGUUUAAUACCUACAGGUGCUGUACAACCACCACUCGGUCUUUCAAAUCAAAUUGUUUCUAGUCCAUCUAACAGUAAUGAUAAUAAUGUCAUUGAAAAUCAUAAUAAUAUUGAAGACAACAGUGAUCGCAAUGAAUAUGUCAAUAAUGAGAAAAAAGAAAAUCUGGAUAAAGUUUGUACAUCUAAUGAACUUCCUACAGAAGAUCGGUUACAACAUGCAACACUUUGGCCAGAGGUAAAAAAGUUGUAUGGUCAUCCUUAUGAGAUAUACUGUUUGGCAGUUCAUCCACGCCAAUUUCUCGUAGCCUCCGCUUGUACAGCAUCAAAACCUGAAUAUGCCCAUAUUAUAUUAUGGAAUGGUAAUUCUAAUUGGUGUAUACACCAGCGUUUGCAACAUCAUCAGUUGACGGUAACUCAGUUAGCAUGGAGUCAUGAUGGGACUAGAUUAUUGGCUGUUUCAAGGGAUCGCACAUGGAGUUUAUGGUCUGAACAACCGAUGAAUAGCGCAACAGAAGGAACGAAUCAUGAACUUUCAAACUACAUCCUAUCUGCUUAUCCCAUUAAAGGUCAAAGUCAUUCAAGAAUAAUUUGGACUUGUGCAUGGAGUCCAGAUGAUAAAUACUUUUUCACAGGAUCCAGAGAUUCAUCAAUUUAUUGCUGGAAUGCUACUGUCAAAAUACAGAAAUCAACGGACUGUCUGCCUCCUGAAGCUCUUCGUCGAUUAGAUAUAUAUAAAGAACUUGGAAAGUCAGUAACAGCUAUCGAUGUUUGCGAAAGUUUUAACUCAGAAUGCUCGUCUAAUCUCCAUUCGUAUUUAAUGGCUGUUGGUUUAGAAUCCGGUAACAUAAUAUUGCUUAAAUUAUGUGAAACAGGAUCAUCUGAGCGCUUUUUCACAUGGUUGAUUGUUUUAAAUUUCCCUCCAGAUUGGUGCCAUGUUCCAGGCAAAAGGUUAAGGCAAAUUUCGUUUUCACCUCAGAAAGAUAAUUACCUUGAAACAUCAAUUAAAUACAUGGCGACAUCUGGUGAUGAUGGAAUAGUUCGAAUUUUCAAAAUCAACAUUAAAUUAUUAUAAUGUCGUUGUGUAUUUAUAUUCAUUUUAAAUAAAACCAGCUUUGAUUUCUAUUUUCAUACUGUAUGAUUUUAAUCCAAUAAAGUUUGUUAAUUUGACAAGUCAAUCGAUUUUAAAUUCAUAGGAAAACGCUAGACUCAGCAUCUUAUUUUAUAAAAAUUAUGUCUAAUUGAUCGUUCUUAUUUAUAAGACCCAUUCAGUCUUAAACACUUAAUGAUAUAUUUAUACCCUCAAACAAAUUAGGGUGUAUAUGUCUUCACCAUAAUACUAAAAUUACACCUAUGGAUUUCUGAUUUUUUUAGAAAUAAUAAUUAAAUAACAGAGAAAUAUAUGUACGUUUUGCAUCUAGUCACUUUUGAUAGACAAUGUGCAUUAAAACCUCGGUUUUAAAGGUAAAUUCGAUCAGGACUAAUUCCAUGUAUUGAAAUAUUUUUCCUAAAUUUUCUUUUUGAUGUUUGAAUUUUGAACCUGUACUUUUCUAUAUAACAUCACAGAACUCACGUCAUUUUGUUUUAUCUUUCUAAAACACUGACGAAUUCCAUUAUCCCUCUAAAUACAGUGUUCAUUCAGUACUAUAAG